GCCCCUCUCGACUGCCGACGCUCGCAGCUCGCGCUCAGGCUCGCGAUGGGGAAGAAGUCGCGGGCGGUACCCGGCCGCAGGCCCAUCCUGCAGCUCUCUCCGCCGGGUCCCCGAGGAAGCACGCCAGGCCGGGACCCCGAGCCGGACCCCGACCCCGACUCCGACGCCACGGCGGCCGUGCCCAGCCAGCCCUCCCUGGCGAUGGCAACGACGACGGCGCCCGCAGUCACGGCCGCCGCGGCCCCCGACGAUUGUGCCUCGGAAGAUGAGGAGGAAGUUGUGGUGGAAGUGCCCAGAGUUGUUCAGAAUCCUCCAAAACCAGUUAUGACCACCAGACCCACGGCCGUGAAAGCAACAGGCGGGCUUUGUCUGCUCGGGGCCUAUGCUGACAGUGAUGAUGAUGAGAGUGAUAUUUCUGAGAAGCCAGCGCAGUCUGAGGAGGCCAACGGGAACACAUCGGCUGACAUCGACAGCACUCUGGCCAGCUUCUUGGCGGAAAUUGAUGCUAUCACGGCUCCUCAACCUGGGCCGCCUGCAGGAGCUUCGGUCCCACCUCCAACUCCACCUCGCCCAGAGCCCAAGGAGGCAGCCGCGUCUGCCCCCACCUCCGCUGCGUCCAAUGGCACCAGCACAACCACAGCUCCAGAGUGGCAGUAUGACACGCAGUGCUCCUUGGCAGGAGUGGAAAUUGAGAUGGGAGACUGGCAGGAAGUGUGGGACGAAAACACUGGCUGCUACUACUACUGGAACACACAGAGCAAUGAAGUCACCUGGGAGCUGCCCCCCUACCUUGCCACCCAGGUCCAGGGGCUGCAGCAUUAUCAGCCUGGUUCUGGAACAAGUGCUGAAUCUGGUUUCGUGGUAAACACAGACACAUACAUGAAGGAGAAAGCAGUUUCUGUCUCCAGUAGUAAAAUUGGACCAGUCGUAGCCAAGCGAGAAGUUAAAAAGGAGGUGAAUGAGGCCGUGCAGGCACUCUCCAACAGCGAGGAGGAGCGCAAAGGGGUGGCAGCAGCUUUGCUGGCUCCUCUGCUGCCGGAGGGAAUCAAAGAGGAAGAAGAGCGGUGGCGGAGAAAGGUGAUCUGUAAAGAGGAGGCACCUGUGGCUGAGGUGAGGGAGCCAAGCUCUGUCCCAGAGGAGGCCGCAGCCCCAGGAAGGCCACCGGAAGUGUUGCUGGAUGGCAGCGAAGACCCCGCCCAGGAGGACCUGUGCAGUGUGGUGCAGUCGGGGGAGAGUGAGGAGGAAGAGGAGGAGCAGGACACCCUAGAGCUGGAGCUCGUCUUGGAGAGGAAAAAGGCAGAGUUAAGAGCCUUGGAGGAAGGAGAUGGCAGCAUGUCAGGGUCGAGUCCCCGUUCCGACAUCAGCCAGCCAGCGUCUCAGGACGGGGUGCGCAGACUGAUGUCUAAGCGAGGGAAGUGGAAGAUGUUUGUUCGUGCGAUGAGUCCGGAGUCUACCAGCCGCAGUUCUAGCAAAACCGGACGGGAGACUCCAGAAAACGGAGAAAGCGCAAUUGGUGCUGAAAACUCAGAAAAAAUAGAUGAAAAUUCAGAUAAAGAGACAGAAGUAGAAGAAUCUUCAGAGAAGAUAAAAGUACAGACAGUACCUAAAGUAGAAGAUGACCAAGAUUUGAAAUUUCAGAUAGGAGAGCUGGCAAACACCCUGACAAGUAAAUUCGAGUUCCUAGGCAUUAGCAGACAGUCCAUCUCCAACUUCCAUGUGCUGCUCCUGCAGACUGAGACUCGAAUUGCAGACUGGCGAGAAGGGGCUCUUAAUGGAAACUACCUUAAACGAAAGCUUCAGGAUGCAGCAGAACAACUAAAACAGUAUGAAAUAAACGCCACUCCUAAAGGCUGGUCCUGCCACUGGGACAGGGAUCAUAGACGGUAUUUCUAUGUAAACGAGCAAUCGGGCGAGUCUCAGUGGGAGUUCCCAGAUGGCGAGGAGGAGGAGGAAGGCCAUGCACAAGAGAGUAGAGAUGAGACUCAUUCUAAACCCAGCUUGAAAGACAAACCCAGCGCUGAGUCCGGUUCCUCAGAGUCCUCCGAGAAUCCCACAGGUUCCCUCUGUAAAGAGUCCUUUUCUACUCAAGUGUCCUCUUCAUCACUCAUGCCACUCACUCCGUUCUGGACCCUCCUUCAGUCCAAUGUGCCUGUGCUGCAGCCUCCACUUCCCCUGGAGAUGCCACCGCCUCCACCCCCACCUCCAGAGUCCCCGCCACCACCACCACCACCACCACCACCACCCCCAGUGGAAGAUGGGGAGAUCCAGGAGGUAGAGAUGGAGGAUGAGGGCAAUGAGGAGCCCCCUGCACCCGGGACGGAGGAGGACACUCCUUUGAAACUAGCAGCCCAGGCCAUAGUCGUCACCACCCAGAGUGCUGUGGAUACCACUGUCUCCAGCUCUCCCUCCACAAAGGCAAUGAAGAGGAAAGCGGCAGAAAUAAGUAGUGCAGUGGUUCAGCGGUCAGCCACCAUCGGGAGCUCCCCGGUCAUCUACAGCCAGCCUCCCUCGGCCACUGGUCCCCAGGCUGCAGGGAUUGGACCCCAGGCCAUGUCCCUUGGCCACACAGCCACAGGCCUGGGUCACCAGGCCAGAGGGUUGAGCCUGCAGUCCAACUACUUGAGCCUUGCAGCCACGCCGGCCAUCAUGAGUUACGCUGAGUGCUCUGUCUCCAUGGGAGUCACCACAGCCACCUUGCAGCCCGUCCAGGCCCGUGGGGCCGUGCCUGCCACUGCUGUGAUAGAGCCACCACCUCCCCCACCACCACCUCCUACACCGCCACCACCUCCAACUCCCAAAGUGCUGCCACCCGAGAAGACGAAGAAAGGAAAGAAAGACAAGGUGGCUGACUCUUCUAAAAAGCGUUCGACAAAGAAAAGCAAAACCAAAAUGCCAUCUUUGGUAAAGAAGUGGCAGAGUAUCCAGCGGGAGCUAGACGAAGAGGAGAACUCAAGUUCGAGUGAGGAGGACCGGGAGUCCACAGCCCAGAAGCGCAUCGAGGAGUGGAAGCAGCAGCAGCUGGUCAGUGGCAUGGCAGAGAGAAAUGCGAAUUUUGAAGCCCUUCCUGAGGACUGGCGAGCAAGACUAAAGAGAAGGAAAAUGGCUCCAAACACAUAGUUUAAAAUUUUUUUUAUAAUUGUUUUGUUUUGUGUUCGGUUCAGUCCUAACCAGUUUUACUGUUGCCCAGUAAACUGUAAAUGGUACAGGGCGCAAAAGCACUUCCAGGCCACACACAUUUGAGUGCAGAGCCUUGAGAUGUCCUUGUCUCCGUCACACCAGGUGGUAGGAUGGCCUCACCCGGCUGCCUUUGCUCUGCAGCACGGGGCCAGCAUGAAAAGAGCACGUGCCCUCUCUGGGCCUGGAGCAAGCGGAGGCCUCUCUGCCUGCUGAGCCGGUGGCACCUAACGUGGCUGUGACUCCAACUCCAGAACAAGUGCAAUUAAGCAGCUCUGCAUCUAUCUUGCUGGACUUCUGGCGCCUUCCUGCAUCCAUGGCCAGGAAGUGGAGGUCUGGCAUGUUCUAGCCAUGCUCCUAGGAGUUCUUUGUCACCAAGUUACAUGGCAGAACAGGCAGCCACCACUGUUAGCGGUUCAAGGCCUGGAUUGAGAGCAUCCCCCGCACUUGUGACAGUCCGUGUGUAUCAAGAGGCACUCCGUCUCAGUGUCUGUGUUGCCUGCCCUGUCCUUGCAGGCACCUCGCCUCCACGUGAAUGUAUUCUCCAUAAAGUUCAGUAUUUAAAAGGCAGUUUGCUAUUGUGUACUUUCUAUUGUAUCACAAUCAGGUAAAGUCACUUUAAACUGAAGAAAAAACAAAUUGUGUUUUAAAGCCAUUUGUAUUUCUCCAGUUUCUGACCUUGUAAAUUUUGUAUAUAUCCACUAAUAAAGCUCUUUUUAUACUUCU